AUGGAUCCUGACCCCCUCCCAGUCUCUUCAUCUCUCCAUCCACCAUCUCAGCUGGAUUCCAAAAAGGACAAGCCAGUGAUUGCACAGUCCAUGCAGCUGGCUGCAAAACUCUCGGGGUCCAUCAACCUCAUGGUAACAGAACUGCCGGAAGCAUUGGCUGUGUAUAUCUUUAGUCAUCAGAAUUCCCAGUGCAGACUUUGCCAAGAAAACUGGCUCCUUCAUGAGGACAAAUGCUACUGGACCUCCAAAGAAAAACAAAACUGGAACCAGAGUCGGCAGGACUGCACAGAAAGACACUCUCAAAUUGUGGUGAUAGAGGGACAAAAGGAACUGGACUUCAUACAGAGCAUUACCAAUGGAGCACAGUUACUGUGGAUUGGACUAACCACCACUUCCCCAGCAGGAAAAUGGACCUGGAUAGAUGGUUCCUCAUUAAAUAGCACACUGUUGCAAGUGACGGGUACCAUUCAAGCAAAAAGCUGUGGGAUGCUGAAAGGAAACAGAGUGGUUUCUGAAGCUUGUAGCGCUGUCACCAAAUGGAUCUGUGAGACGGAAGCACUUCUGGUGUAAAUAGUACAGAAAUAAGCUGUGAGGAGGG